AUGAGUAAUGCCUUGCUGCCCAAGGAGCGCAAGUUGAUGUGGCUGAGGGCAAGCCACGUCAUUGAUCACACGCAUAAGACAGCGGCACAAUUGUAUACAAGACAUGGAAUCGACAUCGCGAAAAUUGUGUCUCACAAAGCCACCAGGAUGAAGCGGCAGGAAACUAUGCCUACUCAGGUAGGCGAUCAUUUCAAGCCAUUUUCGUGCAUCUCAUUCCGAAAGGACAUCCGAAUACGCGAGGCAAGCCUUCGCUAUUCCGGCCACACCGUCUCAACUUGCUAUAAAUCUUUAAAAAUGCGGCUUCAUGGAAACAAUAAUCGGCAUGAUUCCGAGGUCCAAGGAGUAGGACGCGAAGCGCUGCUCAGCGCCUGUUGUGGACCACACAAUGAACCUCGAUACAUAUUUGAGGAAGGUUUAAAACAGUUCGCCAGUCUACUGGAAUCUCGCAUAUCCGACUAUGAAGAUAUUACGAAAGAUUUGAUGGAGGUUUUGGGCAAAGCCCAACCUGGGUGCUCCUAUCUUGAAAAGCAGACUCAGGUGUGCACGAAAAUUGUCGGCUUCAUCAAUGCUUCAGCGAACCACCAAACAACAGUAGAUGACAUUUCAGACUGGCUUAUGAAAGAAUAUGACGUACCCAUAGCCGAUAGAAGAGAUCACAAGAAUGUUCUACGACAUUUAGUUUUUGCUGUCUUGGGCUGGUCAACCAUGCUAUACACCCCGAGCUUCACAGAGCCGGCUGCCGACUUCUCCACGGCUACCGAAAGGCAAUCAAAUCGAAAUGCAACCAAGCAAAGUCUAAAUCAGUCAUCUCAACGGCCUCUCGGUGCUGUCCUUCGCAGCCACGGACUGAUGCCGAUAGCGUGCCCGCCGGGUUUCGGACCACCUCCUGGCCCUCCAACGCUUCUUACAGUAACCCACCUCAACUUCUGGUCUUUGUCUCGGCUUGGCGACGUCACUAUUUUAUGGGUUGAUGAUCUUUCAAAGCACUGUCCCGAAACGGUUUCGAAAGCUUACUUGGUCGAGGUUCUGCUCAGCUACCGUCUGUUGUUUGGUCAGCACGCCGGCUCUCGUAAGCUCUUUCGCGACAAAGAGCGGGAAGUCAUCAAGAAAAAUGCCUUGAAUGGCCAAAUAGAUCCCUUGCUGGAAGCACUCUGUGGUGUAAAGGACUUAAAAGAGUUCGGAGGAAUCAAAGGGGUGCUUCAUGAGCGUGGGGUCUACAAUGCAGAGACCAGCUUUCCACAUUUAGGUGCUCAGUUGAUGGAGCUAGAAGACUACAGCAGUAUUCAGCGGCCAAGGAACAUCUAUGAAGUCUGGAGUGACGAGAGAGACCCUGAGAGGCUGUUGACUUUCAAGGCACUCAUAGUCAUAGGGGCAGGUCAUGGUAGACAAAUCCAGAAGCUUAGCAUUGCCAUCUGGCGAUUCAGUAUACAAUACUAUAAAUGCUCAGACAAUUGUGUUACGUGUAUACAGCUCAUAGUAUUUGCAUCAUCGGUCUCUCCGGACGUCUGGUCGGCAUAUCAUAACGAUUAA